AUGACUCCUACAUUGCAUGUGGAUUCGACACGUAUGAGGAUUUCACCAAUAGUUUGUGGGAGCACAAUUAUUGUUAGAGGCCAUGGAACAGAAAAUAUUACUUCCUACUGGAAUCGUGCCAAUGCUUUACGUGGUCCCACUCGCCCAUAG